CAAUGUAUAGCGUUUGUAUAUGUAUAACGUAUAGCGAAUGCACGUUAAUCGACAUAAUGUAAUUUAGUGCAAUGUGAAUAUGAAGAUAUGUUAAGUAAACAAGAGAAUCCGUCAUUAUAUUUCUUAUUUGCCCACUUUUGCCGUUGUAAUGCACCACUUGACACGACACAUUUCCCAGAGCUGGCUUGAUUAAACAGACAAUUCCCUGAAAUGUCUUCCUGCUCUGAGAUGUGCUCUCUGGACCAGACAAACGGUAUUUCUGGACAACCCCAGGAGGGGUAAAGCCCAUGCGUCAGGGAUACUGCUGGAAUGAGAGAGGGGUGUGUGUGUGAGAGAGAGUCUGAUGCUGCUGUUCCUGCAGUGGUCCUGUAGUCACCCUCGUUGAGCUGGUGAGCCGGUCGGCUGCUGCUGUUGCUGAUACUGCUGCAGGAGAGGAUUCCUAUCUGAUGCUGGGAUAGUCACAAAUACUACAGCAGAGAGAGGCGAAGAAAGGUAGAGGUUUCCGCUAACCUUCCUGGGUUCCCCGCUUUGUUUUUACGAGCACAGAGGAGGAAAAAGACUCUUCAGGUGUGAAAAGGAACUCGGAGAGAGGAGGCGCACUUGGCUGGACUGCACUAGGGGGCGAAGUCGGAUCAGGUAUUUGCCUACUACUUUUGAGCUUUAUUAUGGAAGCCAGAUGUGGAGAAGCAGUGCCCUUGCUGGGAGUGAAUGAGAUGCCGUGUCGAGGCUAGAGGCAGCGGUGGACUGUUCCCGAGUCAGUGGAAAGCCCCUCUAGAUGAGCCAGUCACAGCCACCCAGCUGCACGGUAAAGGAAUAAGGAUUUAAUAUGUCAACAGAGGCCGAGCUCCAGCCUGCUGCCAGACCCAGCGUCAGAAAGGAUUCCAAGAAGAGAGGGCAGGACCGCAGUGAAGCAGCUCUGAUAAAGCGUUUUAAGGGGGAUGGUGUUCGCUACAAGGCCAAGCUCAUCGGGAUAGAUGAGGUCACUGCCGCAAGAGGAGACAAACUCUGUCAGGACUCAAUGAUGAAACUCAAGGGAAUCGCAGCCUCUGCGCGGUCUAAAGGAGAACACAAACAGAAAGUUUUUCUCACUGUGUCCUUUGGAGGGAUCAAGAUCUUCGAUGAGAAGUCAGGGGUUCUUCAGCACCACCAUGCAGUUCAUGAGAUUUCCUACAUUGCGAAGGAUAUCACGGACCACCGAGCCUUUGGUUAUGUAUGUGGGAAAGAGGGAAACCAUCGGUUUGUGGCCAUCAAAACGGCUCAGUCUGCUGAGCCUGUGAUCCUUGACCUCCGUGACCUUUUCCAGUUGAUUUAUGAGAUUAAGCAGAGGGAGGAAAUCGAGAAGAAAGCUCAGAAGGACAAGCAGUGCGAACAAGCUGUUUAUCAGACCAUUUUGGAGGAAGAUGUGGAGGAUCCCGUAUAUCAGUACAUUGUAUUUGAGGCGGGACACGAGCCCAUCCGUGACCAAUCAGAGGAGAGCAUAUAUCAGGUCCCUACCAGCCAACAAAAGGAGGGAGUUUAUGACGUCCCAAAGCGACAUCCAAACAAACAUAACGAACGAGUCGAUCUCUUGGAUUUAGACACUGACCUGUUGCUGGUCACCCAGAAUAUCAACCAGUUAGAGCUUUUUGGAGACAUGUCCACCCCUCCUGAUAUCACGUCUCCCUCGACCCCAGCAUCUCCGGCUAAUACUCUGGACCCCAUGCUGGCCCACCAGACUCCAUCCGAACUGUUCACCCCCUUCAACCCCACCUCUGUACCCUCAGGUUACGUGACGAUGGGAGCCGUGCCGCCCGCAUGGGCGCAGCAACAGUUCGCCGCUCAGGCUCCAUUAGCAUUUGGUGUCCAAUCCCCAGUGCCCGUCGCGCAGGUCUUACCGGGUGCUCAGCCUCUGAUCUGGGGUCAAGCCAACCUUUUCCCUGCCACCCAGCAACAGUGGGCUGCGAUGGCAGGGGCUCACUUUUCGCCUGCCGCUUUCAUGCCUGCCCAGACAGUAGGUCCGCUUCCUGCUGCCAUGUUUCAGACACUGGCUCCCAUGGCAUUGCCCGCGGCGGCCAUGGGCGGAGCCGUGGCGGGAACCUCGGCCUCCACGGCCUCCAGUCCGCAGCACGGAGAACGCAUGCUGCAGAGACAGGCAAAGAUGAGCAAGGAGAUGUUUAAGGACUUCCAGAUGGCAAAGCCGCCCACCAUGCCUGCCAGGAAGAGCGAGCAACCUAGCCUGUCCUGCACCACAGACGCUUUCACCAGCUACUUCAGCAGAGUGGGAAUAUCGCAGGAUACUGAUGACUGCGACGACUUUGACAUCUCGCAGAUGAACCUCACGCCCGUCACUUCCACCACGCCCUCCACCAACUCACCACCCACCCCGGCCCCCCGGCAGAGUUCCCCAUCAAAGUCCUCAUCCCACGCCAGUGACCCGCCAACCGAUGACUCUUUUGGUGAGGCCGAGGGCAGCCCUAGUCGGAGCGGAGAGGAGGAUGCUGCUGGAGACUCCCAGCAGUCUCCGGGUGCGAGUGAGCCUCAAGCAGAGCCUGAGAGCUCAGAGACGGACAGUCCUCAGGUCGGUAGCUAGAUAGCGGCAGGUCAGGGUAGGUAUCUGUCCUCUUUUUUCUUCUCUUCUGCGUGUCGGCCUGCUUCAACCACCAUGACGUCACGUCAGCACGCCUUCACCCGUCCUCACCACCAUUACAUAGACCCACACAUCGUGGCCGUGUGUCGUGGUGCUCUUUCUUUCUUCUCUCUUUUAUCUUUAUACUUGUUCUGCUCUCUAACUCUCUUAGGCUGCGUUCACACAGUCAGUGCACUAACAGGUGUGACUCCUGAUUUGUCCUGUUAAUAUAAUCAUAGAUCUGAAUUCAAUACUCUUUAACCUGUGAGAUCUUGAUUAACGCAUGUAGUGAUAUGGUAACCAUAGUGUAACGAGAGUAAAUAUUAGGACUUUGUAUU